UACUUCUUUGCCAGUUUGUUGGCGAAUUUCUUGCUUCAUGAAUCUUUGAACCAGAAGGCUACAGAGAGUCCAAAGUCCAUCUGGUCCAUCUGGUCCAUGGACUACGUAGUGAACCGGGAUAGCUGAUCCGUGCUAGCGCUCGCUUGAGUCAAAGGCGCGCUAUGCGCUUAGUUUUCGUCGGGACGGGAUCGGGUUUCUCUAGCGAUUGUACCCAGCACGAGGAGGAUCGAGACUGGUAGAGUCUACAGACAGUGCAGCGCAGAGCAGUAAGCAAUGGACGCGGACAGCACUGCUACUCGUCGCAGCGGCUCGUUGAACUACAUCUGGUUACUUGUCGGUGUAUUAUUCAGCGUUCAACAAGUAGUGAACGCUGCACUAACACCGUGUCUAGUAGGGUCGGUGUGCGGAGGGUGCGCAUUGUCCACAUCGCCGGGGGCAGUACAUCGGAUAGGUGGGACAGACGUGUGUUGUUCGAACUGCACCGUUUCACCGGUGGGAACUUCGACACGUCUGUGCGUCUGCAAUAAUAUACCGAAUGGCUGUACCAAUCCCAGGAUAGUCACGUUUCAAAAUGGCUGGCAUAGCUUCACGCAAGCUCAACCACCACUGGAUACAUUCGACUGGCUUCUCACCAAUGAAGAGACGUCGACUCUGGUCACUGGGCCCAAACAUGACCACACCACGGGGACGGCGGGCGGCAUAUUCGCCUACAUUGAGUCAUCAUCGCCACGGAAGCCUGGUGAUCGCGCAACGAUGAUGUCACCGUCAUAUCGCAUGACAUCGUCGAGCAGUCCUGGCUUGUGCAGUGCAGUCUUCUGGUAUAGCAUGUUUGGGUCAGAGAUUGGCAGCUUGACCGUGCGUCUGCUACAACUGUCAUCGACGAGUGGAGCAAUGACAUCACAGACAGUGUGGACACGGCAGGGAAUGCAAGGCAGUGAUUGGUUGGAAGCAAGGAUACCCAUGAGCACAAACAACACAUUCCAGCUGGCUUUCGAUGGUGUCGUCGGCAGUGGAAAGUUUGGAGACAUUGCAAUCGACGACUUCUACUUCACAUCAGAGUGCUGCUUGGAAACUGUCAUUCCUCCACCAGUCUUGCAACAUGUGUGCUUGGCCGGACUGGAGACAUUUGAAGCGAAUCACAACUACUUCACGCAGUCGCAGAACGACCAGUUCGACUGGUUCCGUGUGUCCGGCAGCACACCGACAUCACAGACUGGACCGCUCAUUGACAAUACGGUGAAAACUGGCGCUGGUCACUUCAUGUAUGCGGAGGGUAAUUACUUGCCAGCCAACACACAAGCCAGUCUUCUGUCAGCCAUGUACAUGACAACGUCAGCCAAUAUACCAAAUCCUUGCAGUCUAAUAUUCUACCUUCACAUGCAAGGUUCCAACAUCGGUACACUCAACGUCAGUAUCACACUGAACCAGACAACCAGUGUUAUCUUCAGCAAGACGGGACAUCAGGGCGAUCAGUGGAUGCCAGCAAUAGUGGCCUUGCCUGCUUUCAACGGACAGACAUUCCAGCUGAUGUUCACAGUGAUUGCACCCAACACAUUGCAAGCUGGAAACGACAUUGCCAUUGACGACAUUUCGUUCAGCUCAAGCUGCUGCCAAGAUGUGGAUGAGUGUGCCGUGGGCGUGCACGACUGUCAGCAGAACGCCAACUGUACGAACACCAUCGGGUCUUUCACGUGCCAGUGCAGGAGUGGGUACAGUGGGGAUGGCAGAGUCACGCAGUGUGUGGACGUGGAUGAGUGUCAGCAGGCACAUACUGGUACUGGUACUGGCGGUGGUGGUGGUGGUACAGACACGACCGCCCUGUGCCCCGUCAAUGCACUGUGUAACAAUAUGCCCGGCAGUUACUUCUGCUCAUGUGAAGCAGGUUACCGUGCCAACAGUGCCCAGGACAACUGCACAAACGUUGACGAGUGCAUGGAAAUGCUGCACGGUUGCCAUGACAAUGCUACAUGUACAGACGCGGAGCCGGGUUUCCUGUGUGCGUGCAAUGAGGGCUACAUGGGAAAUGGUGUCCAGUGCCAAGAUCGUGACGAAUGUGCCACCGGCGGCCAUGAUUGCCAUAGCAACGCCACCUGCCAGAACCAGCCGGGCGCGUACACGUGCUCCUGUCUCCCUGGCUACGCCGGUAACGGUACGGAUUGCGACGACGUGGACGAAUGUUUGAUCAGUGGCAAUGGUGGUGGUAGCAGCAGCAACGCCGAUGGUGAUGCAUGCCAGGAGAACGCAAUGUGCGUAAACUACGAAGGCGGAUUCACGUGCGUCUGCGCGCAAGGCUUCGCGGAGAGCGUGCGCUCCGGAACCGCCGCCGAGUGUCUGGAUUUGGAUGAGUGUGCGUUGGGCGGCCAUGAUUGUCAUGGCAACGCACUGUGUAACAACACUGCGGGUGGCUUUGACUGCAGCUGUGGGCGUGGAUAUGUUGGCAAUGGCACAUCAUGUACGGAGGUCAACGAAUGUUUGAAUCCCAUCAGUGGCAGCCCAUGCCAUAACAAUGCCAUUUGUAUGAAUACCCCUGGUUCCUAUGCAUGUUCCUGCAUUGGUGGUUACAAUGGGGAUGGACAAUCGUGUGUCGACGACGACGAGUGCUUGGAGGGCGGCCAUGAUUGCCAUGCCAAUGCUGCCUGCCUGAACACGGCGGGCGGCUACGAUUGUCGCUGCGCUAGCGGCUAUGCGGGUAAUGGCACGGACUGUGUGGAUGUGGAUGAGUGUGCGUCAGGCAGUCAUAACUGUCACAUGGUCGCUAGCUGUACAAACACUGCUGGAUCAUACAGUUGUUCCUGCACCCCAGGCUACUCAGGUGAUGGUUUACAGUGUGCUGAUGUUGAUGAGUGCUCCACGGCUAUGCAUGACUGUGAUGUGUUUGCCAGCUGCCGAAACACGCCGGGAAACUUCGAAUGCAUGUGCAUAACUGGUUUCCUUGGUAACGGAACGAACUGUCAGGACGCGGACGAGUGUGCUACUGGUGUGCACAAUUGCCAUGGCGACGCAGUGUGCUCCAAUGUGGAGGGAGCAUUCUCCUGCAAGUGUCUCAUUGGGUUCACAGGUGAUGGACUGCUGUGUGCGGACAUCAAUGAAUGCCUCGACCUCGCGCCCGGAUCACCACCCCGUUGCCAUGUCAACAACGGGCAGUGCACAAACACGGCCGGUUCGUAUCGCUGCUCUUGCCUGCCUGGUUACCAUGGUGACGGUGUGAACUGCUCCGACAUCGACGAAUGUGUGGGCUCAGACCGAGGCGGUUGCCAUGACAAUGCCGAAUGUCUGAACACCGCUGGUGCCCAUAUGUGCACGUGCAAUGCCGGAUAUACGGGUGAUGGUUUUCAGUGCACGGAUCUGAACGAAUGUGCGAUAAACACGCACCUGUGCGACGCAAACGCCGAUUGCACCAACAGCCCUCCUGGGUCGCACUCGUGCAGCUGCCACUUUGGUUACCUUGGCAACGGUACGACGUGUCGGGAUGCCAACGAGUGUGUCCAGUGCAGCCCGUCCGAGUCCUGCGGCAACGGAACCGACGGCAGCCAUGAUUGUCAUAGCAACGCCGUCUGCAUCAAUGCGCCUGGAUCGUAUGCAUGCCAGUGUAUCGCAGGAUACACGGGCACUGGGCAGCAGUGCAGUGAGAUUGACGAAUGCAUGCUGAACACGCAUGCGUGCCAUGCACGCGCAUUCUGCUUGAACCAACCGCCGGGCAGCUACGACUGUGUGUGCGCGGCGGGGUUCGUCGGCGACGGGUUCGGCUGCGCGGAUCGGGACGAAUGUGCUGCGGGAACGCAUGCGUGUCACGCCAACGCCACCUGUCUCAAUACUCCGGGGAGUUAUAACUGCAGCUGUGUCACGGGAUUUCAAGGCGGUGGGUUAGCUUGUUCUGACAUUGAUGAAUGUCAUCGGCAGACUGCCCGUUGUCAAGACAACGCCGUAUGCAUCAACUCUGUCGGAUCGUUUCGCUGCCAGUGCUCGUCUGGUUUCGACCGGCACGCUACCAACGCGUCGGCGUGCGUUGAUCAGAACGAAUGCCUGACACGCACACACGUGUGCCAUAGCGACGCGGCGUGCACGAACACGGACGGCGGGUACGUGUGCACGUGCAACUCCGGCCUGACGGGCAACGGCUCCAGCUGCGCGGAUGUUGACGAGUGUACAACAGGAGUAAGCACCCUGCCUGAUGCCAAUGGUACAACACAGGUAUCUGCGUGUCAUGCUAAUGCUGAAUGCACAAACGUGUACGCAUCGUAUUCAUGCCAAUGCUCACAAGGGUACAGCGGUGAUGGCCGGCGGUCAUGCUCGGAUAUUGACGAAUGUCUACUCUCGCCGUGCCAUCGCCAUGCCAACUGUCGUAACGCGCCCGGUUCGUACCGGUGCACUUGCUCGGCUGGUUUCCAUGGUAACGGAGCCGAGUGCAACGAUACCGACGAAUGCCGUAUGAUGUCGUCGUCCGCGUCCCCGCCGUGUAUGGCAAACGCCGACUGUCUCAACACCGUCGGUGGGUAUAAUUGUACGUGCAUGACGGGGUAUGUGGAAGUAUUAAUGUCCGGUAUCGGCGACGAUGGCGAUGGAUCGGCUCGUUUGCCGAACAGCACAGAGUGUAUGGACAUUGAUGAAUGCAUGACAUCAUCGCCAUGUGAUAGCAACGCCACGUGUUCCAACAGCGGCGGUAGUUUUACAUGCACCUGCCACUCUGGCUAUACAGGCAAUGGCUUUCUCUGUCAGGAUAUCAAUGAGUGUAUGCCAUCGACAUCGUCGCCAUUGUUUGAAACACUAGCAUGUGCUAGGGGGGCCGAUUGCACGAACUUGCUGGGGGCGUUCUCCUGCAGCUGUCGCCGUGGAUACAGCGGCGAUGGUUUUCACAACUGCACAGAUAUAAACGAAUGCAUGCCCGGUACGUGCAACACGAAUGCCGUCUGCACCAACGUACAGGGUAGUUUUCUCUGUUCGUGCUUGCCUGGCUACCAGGGAGAUGGAUUCACUUGUCAGGACCAGAAUGAAUGCUUCACGCCUGGGCAGUGCACGGCUGCUAACUCACACUGCGUGAACAUCAUAGGCUCCUACCGUUGUGAGUGUUUGAAUGGUUACCGUGGCGACGGUGUGACGAACUGCUCGGAUGCCGACGAGUGUGCUGUGGCGAACGGCGGUUGCAGUUUGUCUGCCGCGACGUGUACAAACAAUCCAGGAUCGUAUGUGUGUCAGUGCAACACUGGGUAUACAGGUGAUGGUCUGCAAUGCAUGGCCGUACAGCACUGUCAACUGGGACUGGACGAUUGCAGUCCCAAUGCCACCUGCACAAACUCACCGCCCGCCUGGGACUGCACCUGCGACGCAGGUUUUCACGGAAACGGGACCCACUGUCAGGACCUGGACGAGUGUGCCGCCGUCGACGCCGGCGGCAGCCGUGUUUGCCAUGGCAACGCGUCGUGUCGGAACACGGCUGGUAGUUACGAGUGUACGUGUCUUGCGGGAUUUGGCGGUGAUGGUGUAUUGCAAUGCAGUGAUAUCAAUGAAUGUACUUCUGUGUUCUGUGGCGCCAAUACCGUCUGUCACAACACACUGGGUUCGUUUGACUGCGCGUGUUCGCAGGGUUAUGAGCUUACUACUGGGAACAUACCCACUACAACUCUCCCAAGCAGUGGUGAUGCUGACACGGUGAGACACAACAUCACGUGUGUCGAUCAAGACGAGUGCGAAAGCACCGGUGGUGCGCUGCACGACUGUUCGCAGAACGCCGUGUGUGCAAACACCAUCGGUAGCUACGCGUGUGCCUGCCAGGUCGGAUUCUCUGGGAACGGCACAUCGUGCGCGCAAAUCAACGAAUGUCUCCAAGCACCGCCAGUGUGCCACGAUGAUGCCACAUGCACAGAUGUCAUCGGCUCCUACGCGUGCGCGUGCAACCCUCGUUUCCAUGGCAACGGAACAGUCUGCGAAGACGUGAACGAGUGUGAAAACGCAUCGCUUCACGGUUGUCAUGCCGACGCUAACUGCUUCAACACGCAUGGCUCGCACCGCUGUGAAUGCCGGCUGGGCUUCUACGGUUUGGGCGAGGUGUGCUUCGAUGCUAACGAAUGUCUGGAAGGCACAUUUGAGUGCAGUCCGUCGGCGCACUGUGUGAAUACGAUAGGUGCGUACAACUGCUCGUGUUUCCGUGGUUACGCAGGCAAUGGUACCUACUGUAUUAACGUGGAUGAAUGUCUCGCCUCGCAGCAGUCAACCAAUGACAGCACUGCUGCUAUGACAAUGACGGCGGCGGACCUCUGUGAUGCGAAUGCGGCGUGUGUGGACACUCCGGGUAGCUAUCAGUGUGUGUGCCGCGACGGCUGGACGGGAGACGGUCUUCAGUGCGCCGACAUUGCCGAGUGCCUCACCGGGGCGCACAACUGCAGCGCCAUGGCAACCUGCAGUGACGUCCCCGGCGGCUUCCGGUGUGCUUGUCUCCAUGGUUACGCGGGCGACGGCGUCCACUGCGGCAACGUGGACGAGUGUCGGGACGGCAGCCAUAAUUGCCAUGACAACGCCACGUGCACGGACUCCCUCGGCGGCCAUGUGUGCGUGUGCAGGGCGGGACACACAGGCAAUGGGACUCACUGUGAUGAUUUGAACGAGUGCGAGGAUGACACGAGGGCGCUGCACGGGUGCGAUGCCAACGCCACCUGCUACAAUGCCCACGGCACAUACAGCUGUCUGUGUAACUCUGGUUACCGUGGCGACGGGUUUACGUGCCGGGAUGAUGACGAGUGUAUACAGUCACCGUGCUCCGUGUUUGCAACAUGCCAGAACUCCGUCGGCUCAUUCACCUGCAGCUGUGAUAGCGGCUUCUCCGGUAAUGGAUUCCUCUGCCAGGACGAGAACGAGUGUCUACUCGGCUCACACAAUUGCCACCAGCACGCCGUGUGCACGAACACUGUCGGUGGAUUCGGCUGCGGUUGCACGGCGGGAUUUAGCGGCAAUGGCGUCUCGUGCGAAGAUAUCAACGAGUGUGGAAUCCAGAGCUUGAACAGUUGUCAUGCCGACGCCGUCUGCGUAAAUCUCAACGGCAGUCACGCUUGUCGCUGUGGCUCGGGGCUAACCGGCACGGGAGUGGUCUGCGUGGAUAUUGACGAAUGUGACAAUGGACAGAGUCGGUGUACAGCGCCGGCCCUGUGCAACAACACCUAUGCUAACUACCAGUGUUUGUGCCCUGUUGGGUACCAGCAAGCCGAUGCCUUCUCCUGUCAGGACAGGGAUGAGUGUGCUACGCCACAGCUGAACAAUUGCCACACGGGGCUCGCCAAUUGUACUAACACCGCUGGCUCGUACUUCUGCACUUGUCUGCCCGGUUACCAGGGCAACCAGACCCACUGCUCGGACGUGGACGAGUGUGCGCUGGGCGUGCACGACUGCGCUGCCAUGGCGACGUGCAGCAACAUGGCGCCCGGCUACAUGUGCACAUGCCAGGCUGGCUAUAGCGGUGACGGACGUCGGUGUGCGAACGUCAACGAAUGCUCCGCGGGCAGCCAUGUUUGUCAUGACGACGCCAGGUGCACGGACACGCUGGGUGGGCACGUGUGCGUGUGUGCCGAAGGUUUCCAAGGUAACGGGACGCACUGCUCCAACGUUGACGAAUGUGCGGACGCGAGUCUGAACGAUUGUGACGUGAACGCCGACUGCUCGGACACUCCGGGUUCGUUUGUGUGUCAAUGUCGUGUAGGAUUCUUCGGCAAUGGCACGGCAUGUACAGAUCAAGAUGAAUGUCUUCAGUUGCCGUGUGAUAGCAAGGCCAACUGCUCCAAUACCGUUGGGUCGUUCCAAUGUCAGUGUGAAAGUGGUUACACGGGGAGCGGCCUGCAAUGCUCCGAUUUUGACGAGUGCCGGGCCGGCAGCCAUGUUUGCCAUGACAACGCCACCUGCGUCAACAGCGUUGGCUCGCACCUGUGCUUCUGCCGGCUGGGUUACUAUGGUGAUGGUGUGGCAGAGUGUCGGGACCUGGACGAGUGUGUGGCAGCGCUACAUGACUGCCAUCCGCUGGCCAGCUGCACGAAUACGUUUGGGAGCUUUGAGUGCGAGUGUAGCCGAGGGUUCCAGGGCUCCGGCACGAACUGCUCGGACAUAAACGAGUGCGCUACGAGUACGAGUGCCCAGCUGCACAACUGCAGCGCGCUGGCCGUGUGUCAGAACACCGUGGGCGCGUACGCCUGCUUCUGCCGCUCUCCUGGUUACCAGGGCGACGGGUUUGAAUGCCAUGAUGUGGACGAGUGCGAGCGGAACAGCAGCGACUGCGCGGUGAACGCAACGGCACACUGCAUCAACACCAAUGGGUCGUUCCUGUGUACGUGUCGCAGUGGGUACUCUGGUGAUGGCAGGAUAUGUGAAGCUCUGCCCACCACCCCACCACCGCCCAUACCGUGCAGCACAGUGUACACGGAUACGUACACACAACACACGCAGGACUCUCAAGAGUACACACGCCAGUCAACACGCUGGAGUGAGCUGAUAGCGGCUUAUCAGAACAUCACAGCAACCAGCACGGACACCGCCACCACAGCAGCCGAGCCAUAGCCCAGCCUAGUUCAUUCAAGUUCUGACUCACCUUAGACUUAGUGGAAAGCUGUCAAGCUCAGUUGCUGCUUUCUGUGCUCGUCGAGAGUGCUCAGUCCCCGCACACUCUCCCCCGAGGCCAUUGGCUGUGAGCAGCUACAGGGCAUUGCAAGCAUACUCAAACAUCACCCGCCGCAUUGCGCUCUACCUCUGGAGUGUAUGUGUAUGGCACCGUGAUCACAGUCACUCACACACAGACACAUUGUAACCAUGCCAACAUAGCCGUUGCCCAGGCGAUGACGAAGGCUACACGGCCGUGCACGCAGUGCGUUCUGCUUGCGUUGCAUUCGUAUACGGGCAAUGCCACUUCUUUCCCUUCCCAUAUAUGGACCUCUGUACUUGACCACUGAGCCGGGCAUGGUACGUUGUGUGCUGGCCUAGCGCUAUAGCAAGUACUUUGGCCUUUGGCCGAUGAUGACAAUGCACGCAUGCAUGCAUGCUGUACAAUGCUGUACAGCGCAGUGCGUGCUGCAGAUGCAUGGCAUGCGUUGCUGUACAGCGCAGUGCGUGCUGCAGAUGCAUGGCAUGCGUUGCUGUACAGCGCAGUGCGUGCUGCAGAUGCAUGGCAUGCGUUGCUGUACAGCGCAGUGCGUGCUGCAGAUGCAUGGCAUGCGUUGCUGUACAGCGCAGUGCGUGCUGCAGAUGCAUGGCAUGCCCUGGUGUACAGUGUUGUACAGUGCUGUGAAGCUCAGCUAGCCAUGCAUGCAUGCAGUGUCAGUAGCACCGUGCAUUCAUGCCAUCUGUUACGCUGUUGAUGCCUGUGUGACCUACUCCAGAGUUAUUAAUUUUGACACAGACCACUUGAUAUAAACUAUUUCUCGUUUGCAUCUUUCCCUCGAACCAACGAAAAAACUACUUGAUCUUUCAUUUCUUAGUGACAGCACAUAGUAAUGACUAUGUGUCAUGAUGUAAUGUGCACAUCAGAGUGCUCUUAUUUUUUAUUUUUUAUUCUUACUCUACAGUCUACUAGGGAAUUCCCCCAACAGCCGUCAUCGCCUUUUUUCUCAGGGAACCCUAAGAAAGUCUUGAUGGAGAGUAGA